AUGGCCUCGGAGUUGGCCAUGAGCGCAGAGUUGCCCACCAGUCCCCUCGCCAUCGAAUACGUCAACGAUUUCGACUUGAUGAAGUUCGAAGUGAAGAAGGAACCGGCGGAGGCCGAGAGGUUGUGCCACCGUCUACCUGCUGGUUCCCUCUCUUCCACCCCGCUCAGUACUCCCUGCUCCUCCGUGCCUUCCUCACCCAGUUUCUGCGCUCCUAGUCCUGGUGGUCAACCAGCCCCUGGUCCCCCAACUACCACCGCCGCCUCCCUGGGCUCCAAACCACAGCUGGAGGAGCUGUAUUGGAUGUCGGGUUAUCAACAUCACCUCAAUCCUGAAGCUCUCAACCUGACACCGGAGGACGCGGUGGAAGCGUUGAUCGGUGCUCCUCACCAUCAUCAUCAUCACCAUCAAGGUUACGAGCCUUUCCGACCUCAACCCUUUGGUGGUGAGGAGCUACCACCUACCGCCCAUCAUCAUCCCGGUCAUCACCAUCAUCAUCACCAUCACCUUCGCUUGGAGGACCGCUUCUCCGAUGAUCAGUUGGUGAGUAUGUCGGUACGGGAGCUGAACCGGCAGCUGCGGGGCUUCAGCAAGGAGGAGGUGAUCCGCCUCAAGCAGAAGAGGAGGACCUUGAAGAACAGGGGCUACGCUCAAUCCUGCCGUUACAAGCGGGUCCAACAACGACACAUCUUGGAGAAUGAGAAAUGUCAACUCCAAAGUCAGGUGGAGCAACUUAAGCAGGAGGUGACCCGCUUGGCCAAGGAAAGGGAUCUGUACAAAGAAAAAUAUGAGAAGUUAGCUGGUCGGGGUUUCCCAAGAGAGCCUUCUCCAUCUGCUGCCCCCAAACCCACCGCUGACUUCUUCAUGUGA